GAAAUCCCCGAGAACGCGGCCGACACGGCUCACCUGGCUUUCCUGCAUGGACCAGCGAUUCUGGGUGGAUCCGAUCUCAGGUACAUGAGGUCCAAGCUGUGGGAUUUCAUGAAGCACAUCUGGAAGGCCAAGUGGCAGCCAGAGCCGGAGCCCAACGAGCACUGCUCCCGGAUGCUGGUCCAACACAGCACAACCGUCUUUGGGAAGCACUUCUCCUUGAUGGAUCUGACGGUUUCGGCCAGGCAGGUGGGGCCAGGCUUGGUUUUCCUGACCCUUGAACAUGCUUUCCUGGGCCAUGGGGUGAUCCUGCAGACGGUGACUCCCCUGGAGCCUGUCCUGCAGAAUGUUGUCCACAAAAUCUACUACCAGAAGAACGUGCCGGCCGUAAUCCCCAAGUUCAUCCUGAGAGCAGAGUGCACACAGUUUGAGCGCGAUAUCACCAUCUGGAAUAACAAGCAGUACCUGCCCAAGCCGCUGCUGGUCAGGGAGGACGCCAGCAUCCAGAAGCACCGGCGCUGGUACGCCCAGUUCUACAGCGAGCACAGCAAGAGGGCCCCGGCGCAGAACGGGGGCCUGGACUG